AUGACUCCUGUUCCUCCCGGUGCUAAGGUGUGGCUCGUGACGGGCUGCGCUUCCGGCUUGGGGCGCGAGGUGGUGCUGGCCGCCUUGGCCCAUGGCGACUGUGUCAUCGCCACUGCUCGCAACCCGGAGCGCCUCGCGGAUCUGGAGCAGAAAGGCGCGCGGACGCUGGCGCUGGAUGUGACCGCCAGCCAGGACGAGCUGCACGCGGUGGUGGCCCAAGCGCUCGGCAUGUACGGUACCAUCGACGUGCUGGUGAACAACGCGGCGUAUCUGCUCGAAGGCGCCAUUGAAGAGUGCAGUGAGCAGGAGGUGCUGGACCAGUACAACACCAACGUGUUCGGCAUGCUGCGCGUGCUGCGGGCCGUCCUGCCUCACAUGCGCGAGAAGCGCGCGGGCAUCGUGGCGAACGUGGGCUCCGCUGGAGGCUGGAAGGGCAUCCCGGGCAUCGGACUGUACGGCUCGACUAAGUUCGCCAUCGCUGGGAUCACGCUGGCGCUGCGGGAGGAGGUCGCGCCGCUGGGCAUUGAAGUGACGGUCGUGGAGCCGGGCGCCUUCCGCACGUCCAUCCUGGGCAAGGGCUUCGUGCCUGCGAAGCACCCGAUCGACGACUUCGAGCCGCUCACGAAGCCGCUGACCACACACGUCGCCAGCUUCAGCGGCAAGCAGCCGGGCGACCCGGCCAAGGGCGCGCAGCUUAUGGUGGAGGCUUUGACGAAGAGCGGACGCUGCAAGGGCAAGACGCUGCCCAGCCGCCUUCUUCUCGGCAAGGACGCAGUGAAGCUCGGACAGGGCGUACUGGAGCAGAGCAAGCUCGAGCUGGACGAGUGGGCGGAUCUGGCGAGCUCCACGGACUUCCAGGUCGCCGGCGAGCCGUAG